GCAACCUCCACAUUUCCGCUCAGUAAUGGGGUACCCGGCAAAGCUAGCCCAGCCUCAAACAACAACUCAGGAGUGCAGUCCUCCAGCUGAUCAUCCCCAGCCUCAUCUAUGGAGACUGCAGAGCUGGCCUCAUCUUCGUCAGAAAUAGAAGCCUCAGCAUCUGAUGCCUUGCCCCAGCUUCAAGAAGGUGCAGUGGCAGCAGCAGCAUCAGGAGCCAUGAGUUGCUGUGUGUGCCUCUGGGUGAUACUAGCAGCUGGGGUCGUCACAGUCAGUGGCAUCAAUGUGAAAGAAGUAAGCACCAUAAAUGAAGCACAAACCACAUGCCACCCUCCACGAAUCCUUGAGGACUCCAAUCUCCUGCAUGUUGAGUGUGAGGGGCUUAAAACCUUGCAGAAUGUAAGGAUGCUCCUGAAAAAAAGAAUAUGGGUACGCCUUGGCUCCCUCACCAUUGCCAACUCUAACCUGACCACUGAUCUCUCGGUAGAUGACCUGGUGUACUACCCUGCCCUCCACACCCUAACCCUAAGGAGAAGUCGAUUGCAUGACUGGAAGGAGUCACAAAUGUCUUCAGUUCCCAGAGUAAGAAAGCUGGUGAUUGACCAGUGUUGGGACAAUGACACGUUCCUUGCCAAGGUGAAAGAGCUCACUCUUACAAUCAGUCCAAAGUUGCAAGAUGCUUUCCCAGAUGUGGAGGAACUGUAUCUCCUUGACCUCUUCAUGCCAUUCAUUCCUGAACUCAGCAGCAUGAAGAACCUGAAGAAAAUUGUCAUUGAUAAAGGAGCAGCUAAGUGUGACCCAGAAAAUCUUUGGAUGCUGGAAUGGUACAAUGCUGGCAAGCUGGAGAUCAACUCAACACUCUGCUUUGUUGUUGAUAAAACAGAAGAUGGCCUGGAAUCUAUGCAUAUGAUGUUCUCAUUUGUGGACCUCAAGUUGAUGAAAGGCUUGAGAGAUAUCAGGACUGCCAUUGAUGACUGUCCAGUGCCAUGUCACUGUGAGAUUUAUGGUUAUCAGAGGAUGGUAGAACCUAUUACAACUGUCGAUUGUACUUCAGCUAACUGGACACAGUUACCAGACUUGAUCCCAAGCCAUACCCGCAGACUCAUCCUGACUAACAACCGUAUAACCAACAUCUCCAAAGUAUUCACCAAUCCCUAUUAUCAAAGUUUGAGCUUGAUUAGAUUGAAAAAUAACUUGGUUGACCACAUAGAUGGUGAACUUCUAAGCAAUUACUUACAUAACCACAGCAAGGACUUCAGCAUCAACCUUAUUAACAAUAAGUUGGAGACGCUGCCUGUAAAGCACCUGGAGAGGAUGUAUGAUGAUUAUACAAGAAAAGGCCACAGGUAUAUUCCUAUCUUUCAUCUUGGUGGCAACCCAUGGAACUGUGAUGAUUGUGCCUUCCUUGUGCCUUUCCAGAAUCUGAUAUUCUACCAAGACUUACAGAGAGAAGGUCUGAAGGAAAUCCGUUGUGGGGAGGGAAGGUAUGCUGAAGGUCAGCCUAUCAUUAUGCUUCCAGUGAGGAGCUACUGCAAAGUUGAUCCUCUUCUUGACCCCUUGGACAUCCUCAACAUCUGCUUGGGCAUUCUUCUCCUCCUAUUCAUCCUCAAUUUUCUCCAUAAUUUGGUGCAGUACCAGAGACAUGGCAAGCUUCCCUGGAUUAUUACCAGAUUCCCUUGUUGUUGACAGAGUCUGUUAUAUAUAAUGGCUGGUUGAGCUUCUCACAGAUUACAUAAGUGAAGGAAGGGUUAAUACCUGUUGUAUAUUUCCGUAUGGUAUUAUGUGUGUUCAUCCCAGACUUAAAGGAGUCAGACAUGAGGUUUAUUGAUAUUAGCCUUAUACAUACUUAUUGAUAAAUGUAUUUGGAACAUGGAAUAGGCCACAUCCUACACUAACUACCAAGGUACUGUGAUGGUAUUAGUUAUUUUCUUUGGCCAUGUCUUGCAUGUUAAAGUAAAUAACUUCAUUCAUUUGGUCAGUUUAUUCAUAUUAGCCAUGUUAUUUAUUUUUAAGACUACACUGACAUGGGGAUGUAGCAUACAUAUCCUUGAACUUCAUGCCCAUUUUGAAAUGUGACAGCAGGGCAUGGGUUGAGAGCCAGGAACUUCUAUCCCUUUGAGACUGAGAUGAAGGAAAAGGAUUUUUUUAUAUUAAAUUUUGUUAUUUUUUUCCUUUAUACCACUUCAAAUGCAUACAAGAUCCAUAUAUUGGAGCUGGUCUAUGCCUUAUAGGGUGGUCUGGCAAUUGCAAAAAAUUACUGCCUUCCUUCCUUUCACAUGCCAGUACAAUCAGUGAAUGCAGAUGUGUAUGUACUUAUGGAUAAUAUUGUUAAAUGUUUACCUUGAAUUUACUCUUAGUUUCUUUGAGUUAUUAUCAAAACCAUGGUGAACAUAAUAGUGUUGUUUGUUGUUAUGCAUAUGUUGGCAUUGGUCAUGGCCUAUACACCAUGUAAAGUUUUUAUAUUGUUUAUGUUUUUCAUACAGAACUUCAAAUUGGAAGCUCACUUGUUAAACUGCUUGGGUAUCCUAUUAAUUAUUUUUUAGUACAAUGAUGGGCUUUGCCAAUGGAAGGUUCCUCAUUUACCUAGUCCUUGAACACUGCACACCUCUUUUGGGCAGCUUGAAAGUAACUAUCAGGAAACACCAUGUGCAGCUCAGCACUUAGCAGCAGAAGUUUUGAUCACAGGGAUAUUUUUCUAACAAGUGUACUAUAAAUUUACAGUUUAUGCAAGUCAGCCAAUAUUAAUUAUAUUCUAUAGUAUUUCAAACUCAUGAUGACCCACCAGGUGUUGGUCGCUUCAAGGAGCGGCGGUGCCAAAUCUAACCCACCCCCUCAGAAAACGGAGACAACCGUUCUCUUUAUUUGCAUGUAUGACUUUGUUAUAAGAAUCAAGACACCCACACGUGCUUAUAAGAGAGAAUGAAACUCUGAUAUUUAUUUUUCCUGAUAUGUUUAAGUGAUAUAUAUGAUGGAAUACAAAAGUAUAACAAAUGUGACCUUCCAUCCUGGCUACCAAGAGGUGAAUGACUCAGUCGCACACCUGUGUCGAGGCGACCCUUCCCCCACCCACUCCCGUUAGAUUCUGGGUCGGGAGCAGGUGGCAACGUCAACUGACCUGAUAUGCCACAUUUUUUCAUGAAGUAUCUUCUUUUCUUUAUAUAUAUAACAAUUAUUCAUAUCACUUACUAUCUAAUGCAAAAAUCAAAAGGUAUUUAGAACAUUUCAUGCUAAUAUACCCUGGUUAGUGGACAGUUACCAGUUUAUAGUGAAUGUUUGGUUCAAUAUGUGGCAAUAAAGCGGACAACACCUGGUGGGUCAUCGUGAGUUUGAAAUACUAUAGUGUGUUUUACUGUAAAAUGCAUAUGUGCUGAAUAUAUACAUAUAUACAUUUAUGUUUUAAUGAUGCAUGGUUAGAUUUAGUUUGUGAAGAGAUAGUUGCAAAUGUUUUCGUGUUUUACUACUGCAUGUGUUCUGCACUAAUGUGCAGUUACAUUCCUGGAAAGUAGAGUGCAGAUGACCUUGUGAUAUUUUAUUUUGUGUUCAUAACUAAUGCAAUUAUUCUGUGUUCUGCACAAUUUAAUUUUAUGGAAAAAUGGAAGGCAACAAAGGUGUUCAUUGUAAAAGGCAUUUAAGUGCUGAUAAUGUCAGGUGCUGAAAGAAUGGAUUUUGAAAUUUCAUAUUAUAUACAGACAGCCUUAAACUACAUAGACUAAUCCUUACUGGCACUCCAUACUGGAGGUCAUGCUGGUACCCUUAGUGUAAGUGUAGCCCUGAAAAACAUAAAAAAUAAAAAAAAAAUCAACAGGGAAUGCACAAAACUAUUAAACAGUAAGUUGAGAUCACCAUAAACAGAGGACUCCCUGUAUAUAUAUAUAUAUAUAUAUAUAUAUAUAUAUAUAUAUAUAUAUAUAUAUAUAUAUAUAUAUAUAUAUAUAUAUAUAUAUAUAAUGUGCAGGUAUUACUAAAAGCCAUGAAAAUUCAAGUUAGUGUGGCAGCUAAUACUUGUAAUUUCACACUUAUUUUGCUUAGAGUAUAUAAUAUAUAUUGAUAGCUUCAUGAAGUCUUUUAAGACUGAAACCUGCAAUUUGGGAAAAUGGUUACUUUUUUGAUAGUCAUGAAUAUUUUUUAAAAUGCUGUUUAAAUCAGCAAGGAAAUUAUGAUGCUUUUCAAUGUACAAGGACCAUUAAUUAAUUCACUAUUUGUUGAAAAAUGAUGGUGUAAAUUUUGGUCACCUCACUAUACUGUCACAAGUGAAGGACUUGUUGCCUGUUAAACUGUAAUUAUGAGUGAUGAGUAAGUGUAGCACUGUUCUUUCACCACCAAACAAUGCACAAUUAGAGUGGCAGCUCACAAUUCAGGAGUGUUUAUUUGAUUUUGUGUUCAUGUACAAUCUUAGAGCUCAGUACAAGAAUGAUUGAAUCAUCCAGCUUCUAGUUUUUAUUGCUAGUCAGAGAGAGAGAGAGAAAGAGAUAUGUAUGUGAAGUGAUAUAGAACAUAAACUUUUCUUAAGUUUAGUAGCUUCUUUUCAUGAUGAGAUUAACAGUUGUUGAGUGUACGUUAGGCAAAGAUGGCAGUUUCUGCUGAAAUUUUUGUGAUUUAGGAUUUUCAGUUAAAGACACUUGCAAUUGAGUUAAACAUUAUUAAUAUUCUACAUAUCAUCCACAUAUGAAUAUGAAUGGAAUGUUGUAAUAUUUGCUUGCCAUCACAUGUUCAUGAUGGUUGCUUGUGGUAUUGAUCUUGCCAUAUGAUUAUAAGUGAUUCAGGAAGCAGCUUUCAUAACACAAUGCUAAUCUUUUGCACUAAUAUAGACUUAAGGCUUUGUAUGACAGAAAAAGCUGAAACAUUGAGAAACUUUGUAAAAGAGUGAAAUAUAUUUUUAAUGAUUGUGCUCUUUGUCCAUAUGGAAAAUAAACCGAACUUAUACAUAU